GCGAAUGAUGCCGAUGCACGGACGGUGCAGAAGAAGAGCUGACGUUUGGCUUGUGUUUCGCAAUCCAUCUACAUAACAUACUUCCUGUGCGCGUGGAUGCCACGCUGUGUAAACUCAGUUGGCGUAGAGGAGCGAGAGACCCACAAGUCCUUCUGUGUUUCCCUCCCCUUGCCAAAUAUCUGCCAAGAAGAUAGUGACACUCCUUCAAAACCCCAAUGCCAUUCAGUUUCUCUCAGACCGCCACAGCGCUGUGGAUCCACGCGAACCCUUCCGACAAACAUCGGAGUACUUCAGCGAGCAAAGGAGGAAAGCGCGAGGGAGAGUAACGACAGUUGAAGAGGAGGAAAGGCGGUUAAACAGCUUUUGCUGUGCCUCAUUUGAAUAGUUUCAUUUCAUAACGCCAGAGCGGAUCAGUUUGCACAGUUGUACUUUAACCGUUCCGAACUCGCUCGGCGCAAUCCUACUUAUAUGUGCAUGACCCCGGAACCCACGACGCACUGCCAGCCUUCGCUGGUGAUGCCAUGCCCCGCAACCACAGCGGAGAUGAAGGAGGCUCGGGGCUCUGGAUGAAGACCUCGCCGGGGCACCGUGCAGAGGGCUAUGGAUUGAAAGAUGUGGAGUCUGGUCGAAGGACGAUGAACAACGCGGCGAGGACGGCCGACGGCUUGCUGUCGGCUGCGUCCGGCUCCUCUCCGGGCACAACAGGUGCAGGGGUUGCGGAAAACGUAAGGGGGGUGCAGGGAGCCCGCCUUAGCCUGCUUGGGAAGCCGCUUAUCUACAGCGCACAGAGCGGUCGGAGAAACGUGCGCUACCGGAGGCUUCAGAAUUACCUGUACAACGUGCUGGAGCGACCGCGUGCUUGGGCUUUCGUCUACCACGCCUUCGUGUUCAUCCUGGUGUUUGGUUGCCUGGUUCUGUCCGUGUUCUCCACCAUCCCAGCCCACCAGGACCUCUCCUCGCACUGCCUGCUCAUCCUGGAGUUUGUGAUGAUCGUGGUGUUUGGGCUGGAGUACAUCAUUCGCAUCUGGUCCGCGGGCUGCUGCUGCCGCUACAGAGGGUGGCAGGGCCGCCUGCGAUUCGCCAGGAAGCCCUUCUGCAUCAUCGACAUCAUAGUGCUCAUCGCCUCGGUUGCCGUGGUGUCCGCCGGUAGCCAGGGCAACAUCUUCGCCACGUCGGCGCUGCGCAGCCUGCGCUUCCUGCAGAUCCUGCGCAUGGUGCGCAUGGACCGCCGCGGCGGGACCUGGAAGCUGCUGGGCUCCGUGGUCUACGCGCACAGCAAGGAGCUGGUCACCGCCUGGUAUAUUGGCUUCCUGGUUCUCAUCUUCUCCUCCUUUCUGGUCUACCUUGUGGAGAAAGAGUUCAACACAGAGUUCGCCACGUACGCCGAUGCACUGUGGUGGGGCACGAUCACCCUCACCACCAUCGGCUAUGGGGACAAGACGCCCCAGACCUGGACAGGCCGGCUCCUCUCGGCGGGGUUCGCCCUCCUGGGCAUCUCGUUCUUCGCCCUGCCCGCGGGAAUUCUGGGAUCUGGUUUCGCCCUGAAGGUUCAGGAGCAGCACAGGCAGAAGCACUUUGAGAAGAGAAGAAACCCGGCCGCCAGCCUAAUCCAGUGUGUUUGGCGUAGUUAUGCGGCUGAUGAGAAUUCGGUUUCCAUAGCUACCUGGAAGCCUCAUUUGAAGGCGUUGCACACCUGCAGUCCUACAAAGAAAGACCAGGGGGAAACCUCUACAAGUAAGGUUCUUAGUAAUAAACAGAAGCUCUUCAGGAGGUAUACCACACGGAAACAUAGUCAGAAGCUGAGCUUUAAGGAGCGUGUGCGGAUGGCGAGCCCGCGGGGGCAGAGCAUAAAGAGCCGGCAGACGUCGGUGACGGACCGGCGCUCUCCGGGCGCGGAGAUCAGCGCAGAGGGCACCAGCCCCGCCAAGGUGCAGAAGAGCUGGAGCUUCAAUGACCGCACCCGCUUCCGCCCCUCGCUCCGCCUCAAGAGCCAAUCACGCGCCACCCCUGACGCUGACACAAACCUGAGUGUGGAUGACGGGUUCGAUGAGAAGGGCUGCCAUUGCGAGAUCUCCGUGGAGGACCUGACGCCCGCAGUCAAGUGCGUGAUACGAGCCGUCAGGAUAAUGAAGUUCCACGUGGCGAAGAAGAAGUUUAAGGAGACGCUGCGUCCGUACGACGUGAAGGACGUCAUCGAGCAGUACUCUGCCGGGCACCUGGACAUGCUGUGCAGGAUCAAGAGCCUGCAGACACGGCUGGACACCAUUGUGGGUCCACAGCACACCCUGGGCAGCAAAGCCAAGACCCUUUCCUCCCCCUCCCUGCACCCAUAUUACAGCCAGCAUGGAAGGAAGCACUCUUCCACGGGAGUGGACCAGAUUCUGGGCAAGGGCCAGAUUCCCGUGGACAAGAAGGUCCGGGACAAGCUGCUAUCGGACAGCGACACACUGGAGGACGUCAGCAUGCUGGGGCGCGUGUGCAAAGUGGAGCGGCAGGUUCAGUCCAUCGAGUCCAAGCUGGACUCGCUGCUGGAUAUCUACCGACAGGUCCUCCGCAAGGGCUCGUCCUCGGCCCUGACCCUCUCCUCGCUCCCCCUGUUCGAGCUGGAGCAGACCUCGGACUACCAGAGCUCCUUCCUGAGCAAGGACCUGUCCUGCUCCACCCAGGUGUCCCGCUCCACCAGCGGCAACCUCCCCCGGGGCCUCCACCUCAUCCUGGCCCCCAACGAGCUCGGCCUCAACCUCAACGGCUCCCACCCCAGCUCCUUCAGCCCCUCACCCCUGCCCCCCGGCCAGCCGCAGACCCCCCCCGAGGAGGGCUCCGGUAACGCCACGCCCCCGGCUGCGCUCUCGCCCGCCAGCGCCCCCGGGGGGAACCCCUUCCCCAGUCUGGUGCGCCCCCCUCCUCCGCCCCCGUCCGGGACCGGCGCCCCCAACGCCAGGCCGCGGGACGGCCAUCCGGCCGAGAGCGGGGGGCCCUACGCAGGCGGGCAGCGGGCGCCGGGCGGGGGGGUGCAGCUGCGGAGCAAGCCCAGCGCCAAGGAGGAGGGCUCCUGGAGGAGGCACCUGAGCCUGGAGACAGAGGGGUCGGGCGGCGGCGGGGGUGCGGUCCUGGGGAAAUCCCUGUCCGCGCAGAACCUGGCGCAGCUCGCGGGCGCGGACCGCCCGCCCCCCGCCGUCUCCCCCGGCAACAGCAGCAGCAGCGGCGGCAGCGGCCCCGCCCCCGCGGGCGGAGACUGGGGCGAGGCGGAGCUUUUCAUCAGCGACAGGGACCUCGAAGCUCCAGCGAGCGGCGCCUUCGACUUCCUGUCGCGGCCCACCUCCGACCCCGCCUUCGCCCCCGAGCUCCCGAGGACUGCCGGCAGGGGCAGCGCCCACUGCGUUCGGACCGCCGAUGGCAGCACAGAGUCUCUGAGCAUGCCCCACGUCCGGCUAAAAUAGCCAUGCCACCAGCCUGCCAAGCCCUUGGCUCUGACUGCAGGCUCAAACUUUGGUCUGGGGGCUUUUUUAAAUUUUAUUUUUGUGGGGAAGGGUAGUAUUAGGCUUUUUUUUUUCUCUAAUUAGUUAAUUAAAACAUGUGGUACUUCCUGAACAUUUUGACCAUACAUCACAUAUCAUUGCAUGGAGUAUUCUUUGAAAAAAACCACAAAAAAAAACCAUUUAAAUAAAUAAUAACCAAGUGGGUAAACAAGGGUAGAGAAGGAGAAUGAUAGAUUGCUAAAAAAAAAAAUACAGAAAUGGAAAAGCGAGCAGAAAGAUGGCAUCCUGAGAGAUGAUGAUGUGACCUUUGAACUCGCUCAUGCAUGAGCACCCUGCAUGAUGUAAUAGAACUUGAGGACGUGCACACCGGGCCUAUUCCGUUAGCUGUAGAAACACAGAGUCCAUCGGCUGGUCUGCCUGCAUGUGUCUGCAAGUUCUACAUACAGUCUGCUAGCAGUAAUGCCUGGUAAUGACACAAUUCCACAGUCCAGCUUAUUAAACGACUGUCUUAAAAUACACCUACAGUGCAUUCGCACGGUAAGAAAUAUAAUACUUUCGGUUGAAUGUACCAAGCAUCGAUAUGUUCUGCUUCAGCUUCCUUUGGGUUCCCAUUCAGACACAUAUUGAGUUUUACUCAAACUGUUUUAUUUUUUGUCAAAAGCACAGGCUUAAGUUUGACGAACUACGAUAGUUUAAACUGCCGUCAGACAAUGUGAAGAGGUAUCACCUGGUUAAACGUGUCCGUCAUAGCGAAUUACAAACGGGAAAAGGGGACAGGGAAAGCCCCGUUGGGUCGAGAGGCAUGAGUGGGCGGAGUUAAGAAGAGGUUGUACUUAAUUGAACCCUGUGGGGUAAUGUGUCCUCCCAUCGUAGUUACUUAGGAGUAGUGGGCAGCCACCGUGGGAGACCUAGGGACCCACUCCAGUUCUGAGGCCAGUGCCUUGGUCAAGGGCAGCGGCAGGAGCACACCGAACCUGACACGCGUGUCUUUGAGUGUGGGAGGAAAGCAGCGUAACCAGGUAACUGGACUAAUGGUAUAUGGCAGAGCCAAACCUGUGAUUUCAGUCUCUUCAAUCUCCAAACCUGUGAUUUCAGUUCUGUCACACAAUACUAUAGGCUGCAGGCUGCACAACAAGACCUGUCUGUGUGCUACGCUUGAUGUUUACACUACAUCAUUGUACACUAGAGCUUAUGCCAGCUGAUGGAGAAUUAUGAGUAGAACGGAUUGCAAACAAAAUAAUGGCUGCUAUGAAACAAAUGACACCGUGCUCAUACAGGACAGAUAAAAAAUGUCUACUUUUAUGCAAUUUUUUUGGUAAAUCAGUUGUUUGUCCCUUGUUUUUUAACAAGGCUGCGUUGUUAUUGCGUUUUUCUCUCAAAACAAAUGCCUGCUUCAAUGGAGAAAUGAGAGAAUGUGUGAAAAUGUUUCAAAAUUAUUUAUGACUUUUUUUCCUGGACAGGAAGACACUGCAGUCUUAAUGCUCUGAAGUGAGAGCAAACUCACCAUGACAGCUAAAAUAACCACAUUUUAAUUAUUGCUUUUUUCUUUCUUUUUCUACCUACUUUUGGAUGUUUCAUGUUCCAAGAGCCUUUGCUUAACUGAAUGAACAUACUGUAGAAUGUAUAUAUACUGUAUAUCAUUAUGUUAAUACGCAUAUGAAACUUGCAAUUCUGUCUAGAUUUAAUAUUGUUGAAGAUAAAAAGAAAUGCCUCAUACUCUACGAUUAGGGGGGCACAGGUACGACAUAAGGAAGCACAAAUAUCUGGAAAUUUGCAGUUGCCUGCAAAAGGGUGACGUUGUAUUACAGAACAGUCAUUAGUUAUAACAGGUAUAAUAAAUACUAGAUUACGUAAAAGAAAGCAUUUUAAACCAGUUAUAGGUCAUUCACAAAACAUUGAAAACGAGAAUGAUUAUGGUUAAAAGCAUGGUCUGCAGACUGCACACACACAUACGCACGCCACACACAUGCAUGCGCACACACACGGACAUGCACACACACAGACAUGCACGUGCAUACACACAUGCAUACAGACACACACACAAAUACACAUGCACACACACAUACACGUGCACACACACACUUACUGGUUUAUUUCCCCAAGUUUUCAUAAAGAUAUUUUCAUGGUGCCUUUAAUGCAUAUAUAUGUAAUUUCUUCUGUUUUUAUCCCAGUGAGGAUCAUUUUGAAGGUGGGAUGAUCACACUUAAGAAUUUCUUAGACCCUCGGAUGUCAGUUGAUCAUGAGUUUUUUUUUUUUCCAUAGUUAACUUAUUUCACAAAACUGGCCUUAAAAGUGUUUGCUUGAGAAUUUCUUCAUUAUAUUUCAUCAAUCUAAUCUAUUUAAAUAGAUUAUGUGCACAUAACGAAACUUACCUAAACCUUGUAAUGUAAGAAAAAAAGUCAAAAGAACUUUUAUUCUCAUACAUCAAUAAAGCAGAG